UGCAAUCCUGGUGUCCAGCCCGCACCAUGCUGAAGACUGAGCGUCUUGACAUUGUUCCAUCGCAUACAGAUCCAAUAUCUUGAACAGUGCCGCACCGAUAUACACAACGCACUUGAACACAGACAGGCUGCGCAAGCCGUGGCAGAUCAUCGUGUUCAAUCGGCAGGACAUCUUUGCGCUCCAUCAUCAUGGCGAUUUUGCAGAGAUGCUGCUGUUUUGACAAUGUCCGAACUGGUUCCAUUGCAUCAGCAAUAUACACGCUGAUCUAUGCCGCCAUAGUUUUGGCGUAUUCUGCAUACAACAUUGCACAAAUCGCUGGGCCGUAUUACUAUGAAACCUCUCCAUACUUCAUCGUGCACUGUUUCUUUCUGGCUUUCCUGGCCCUGAUAGUAGUGGCCUCCAUACUUGCCAUUAUAGGCGUCACACGGGACCAGGCCGGAUUUCUGCUGGUGUAUAUUAUCGUGAUGCCAAUACUGAUCCUGAUCCAGGUUGUCGAAUGCAUCUUGCUCAUCGUCACGAUUGCCGGGGCUAGUAUUAACGGAAGUUACGGCAGUGUUGCUGGGUUGGUAGUUGCGCUGAUCAUCUAUGCGCUGUUCACCAUACUGGAUGUGUUUUGCUUCCUGUGCGUGGUGUCUCAGUACCAGGAACUGAGGGCUGGGCGUGGCCGUCUGCAGGACGUGGUCGCCGCAAGGGGCCAAGGCACAACUACCUUCAUCACCACUACCCCUGCAGGCGGUGGAACUGUCGUGGUUGCGUCUCCAGGUGGCGCCCCACCGCAGGGAUACCCACCACAGCAAGGGUACCCUCCCCAGCAAGGGUACCCGCCCCAACAGGGGUACCCGCCCCAGCAAGGGUACCCGCCUCAGCAGGGAUACCCUCCACAAGAAGGGUCGCCUGGGUAUCCGGAGAAGUGUGAAGGAGUUGAAUUCGCGCAGUCAUUUUUCCUAAAGGCUGUGUCGUACGAGGAAGUUUAUUUAGCUACCAUUCACAACAUCAUCAUGGCAAUUAUUCAGAGAUGCUGCUGUUUCGAUAACGUCAGAAGUGGGUCUGCUGCGGCUGGAAUAUACUCGAUUAUCUAUUCCUUUAUAGCCGUGGGAUUUGCAGGAUGGACGAUGUGGAGAUACAAGCAUCAGUAUGGUAUUUCUGCCGAUAGUUACAUUACGGUCUGCAUUGAGACUGCUUUGCUGGGCCUGAUUUUCCUCACUUCCAUUGCGCUUCUUGUGGGGGUUUCAAAGGACAAGCGUGGAUAUCUCCUGCCGUACAUGAUUGUGAUGCCGGCGAUGAUACUUCUCGAGUGCGCCUUGCUCAUUUUAUCAAUCUAUUACUUGGCCCACCCCAACUACUACGUAGCAGACGCUGUGGCGUAUGGCGUAAGCGUCGGUCUUACGGUGCUAUUCACGUUGAUGGAUGUUAUUUGCUUUUUGUGUGUGGUGUCCCAGUACCAGGAGCUGAGAGAUGGACGAGGCCGUUUAGAGGACGUGAUGGCUGCAAGGCGCCAUAUCAACAUUAUCACUACCACUACCCCUGGCCUUGGAGGCGCUGUCAUCGUCUCGCCAUCAACACAGGGCUACCCUCAACCAGGCUACCCACCCCAGUCUAACUACCCUCCUCAGCAAAGUUACCCACCCCCGCAGGGGUACCAACCCCAGCAGGGGUACCCAGCCCAACAGGGGUACCCAGCCCAACAGGGUUACACAGCCCAACCCGGUUACCCUCCUCAACAGAAGGCGUGCUCGGGCGAACCUCCGGGGUAUACACUUGCGGUCGAAAACCCACCACCUUACUCUGAGAAAGAGGCGCCCUAAAGAACUGUACACACGGCUCUCAGCAGGGGCCGAUUUCAUCGAGCUGCCAUAACUAUUAAUAGAAAUUUGCUAAGCACAGACAAUAAAGUGCUUUGGUUAAUAAUUGUAUUAGCUCACAAAAUUAUGAUAUUGCUUGUAAACAUGCAGUUCUCAGAUAUUUUAUAGCGGAUAAGCUAUAGUUUUUGCUCAGCAGCUGGGCUAUAGGCCUAGCUACCCAACUUGGCAAUUCGGAAUUUACAGAUUUCACGCACGAAACCUAGUAAUCAGUAUGUUAUGACACCCUUUUCAAUUGAAAAUUCACGUAAGUUAUUUUGAGUUUAAUGUGAUAGGUUGUGUUUGGUAAUUAAUAAUACUAUUUUUAAUUGGAACUAGGCUUCCAGUUUUUACUGGCAUCAGCAGAGCCAAUUACAUUUACUUUUGCAAACUAUUUUUUCGAUUUUCAAAAGGUGGGUUGUAACUUUAGUAGCAUGUUCACCUCAAUCGUUUAGUUUUGUAUCAAAUUAUUAGUUCAUUGUUCUGUAAAUGGGUCAAUUCUAUAUAUAUUUUUUAUAAAUUAAUUAAUGGCAUUUUUUGUGGAUGGAGUAAAAAUCUUUAACCUGGGCAUUCCUACACAGCUAUUUAAAUUAUUGCGACUGCUUGACGAGAUUUAACCAGUUUUAGGCUUUUACAUAAUAUGUUUUCAAUAAAGGUGAUAAUACAGCAUUUGAAAGGCAAAUCGUAUUGAGUCCUCACUCACAAAUUUCAGGAUAAGUGUCCAUGUUUAAGGAUAUGACGUUGUGUUUUUCAGUAACUGUAUGCUUUGUCUGAAAAUACAAAAGUGAUCUUCUUUGGAAUUGUAAAACAAAGUGUCUUCGUGUUAGAAACGGAGAGGCCAUUUGACAGUUGCUUGUCGGACCUUUUUAUGAGAAUGUGCAACCUCAGAAUAAAUACUUUCCCUCGGUUAAUGUUUCGAGAAGUGUUGCUCUGCGUAAAAGACCAUUCAGAAAUAAGCUAGUAUUUUAGGGGGGUUAUUUUUUUUAAGGGAAGUUUUGCCAAUUUGUAUAAUCAUUUGUCGGUAGGCCACGUUGCCUUUUCGGGCAUUUGACGGUGUCUCAAUGGGCCUUUUUAUGGGAAGACGCAACCUUAGUUAAUAGUUUCCCACUUGCAGACAUAACGCUAUAGAUGCUUUACUUUUCAAUAAACCUU